AUGAUGAAUUUAACUGUAGUUACCUCCCUUCUCGUCAUGGUGGCUAUUUCGUUACAAUCUGUUGAAGGUGGGCGAAGAUGUUGGUGUGAUGCCCGAGUCAACGGUGUAGUUAUUAAAAACUUCGAUGUAAUUGCUAGUUGUGGUGGAUGGUGUGGAUGUAGAAAUGAUAACAUCAAUCGAUGUGGUUUAACUUGUGAUGAAAAGGUACAGCAUUGGGCAGAAGGAAAUUGCGUAAAGCAUUAUGACCACCAACAAGUUCGAUCUCACUUUAAAGCCAGUAAUUGCAAGACUGGAGAUGGACAACGCACAUUCAAAUGUAUUCCUCCAAAAGAAUGUACUAAAAAAGUUACCAAAAAUGUCCCUUAUACAUGUUAUAAAGUUGUCUCGGAGACAGUUAAAUACCCAUGUUAA